AUCUUCCAGCCCCUCUCCCACGCAAGCACCAUCUCGUCCCAAGCUCUUCUUUUCUCUCACUAUUCUGGCUGCAUACCUCCACUGCGCUCAUCAUUUCUCCAGGCACCUCUUGCCCCUUUGCAUCCACACCACAAAAGUUCACUGACCAUGUCGUGGUGAUAUUUAGUCACCUUCCUGCACCUUGUAAGCCCCGAGCGGCGUACCCAGACGCAGGAUCUCCCCACUGGGGUCUAUAAUCAGGGACUACAGCAUUCGACUACUUCUAUGCGGCUCGGAAUACCACGUUAGUGUGUACGAAUGAUCAGUUGAGUCACAAGAACCGCUUUCACGCGCCUCUCUUGUUUCGACUUCGCGUCGGCUUAAACCGCCCCUUCCGAUAUGAACAUGACCCCAACUGAGAGCGACUUGAGCGGCGACUCCUUCGCGACGACUACGUUUACCUCGGCGGGUGCCUCGCAGUCAACUCACGCUUCUCCAACUUCGCCAACCUUCCUGAAAUCUGCGUCCCGUCCACGUACCGCUUCCCGAUGUAAAGACAUAUCGACCGCAGCGUCACUGCAACGUAUGGAUCCUUUCACAGAUACUGUAGGACGCUAUGCCUAUGCUCCGGCCACCAAAACGACUGUUGUAACGACUACAACCACAACAAGUGUGACACUCCCGCCGUUAAUAGUCAAAGCCCCUCGUCAGCUUCAAAAUCGAGACCCGAAACUCUAUCCCCUGGCAGCGUCAUCCACACCAGCAUAUCUUAAGGAUCUCACAUUUGACAUUGGAGGAAUGCCAGCACACUUCAGGGAAUCGGAUGUACCUGAGCAGACUUUGAAGGAGACAGAAAACCAGAUCGCUUUUCUGGAAACAGUAAAAGGCGCCGUCGAGUCUGCCAAACAUCCUGAGAACCGCUAUGAAACUCCAAAUCGACCCCUUCGACGCUCGAACUCACACAUGUUCAAAGUUUUGGCAGAGCAGAGACUGCCUGGCUCACUCAGAAGAAAAAGGGCAUCUCCGUCACAUAUACCCUCGAUCGCUGAGGCUGCUGAGAUUGCGAGCCUGCACCGGCAGCAUAGGAAACAGAAAGCACCCGUGCGUGAGGCUGGCACAGCCGGCUAUAGCUCACUCAGGAAUCACCAAAACCCCCUGGAAGAGAAUGUAAAUCCUACGACACCGGAUACGGACGCUGGCGCUCCUGCUCGUUUUGGUGCACCCCACGCGAAUCUGCGGUCGGAACCAGCUCGAUCAAGGCUGGCCCACGGUCAACAGAGAGAGUAUUUUGAUCUGGAUCGGCGGUCUACGAGCUCUGAUGGGAAUGUGUGGGCGGAUCAGAUCGUUACAAGCUCACGGGUUACGUCAAACGAUCCAUUGACGCAGACGGGAACGGGGCUUGGACUAGUUGCCUUUGCCCUUGAAGGUUCUGGUGCGGCAGCGACGCCCCCAAUCGCGGAUGCAGACCUUGAGCUUGCCAGUCAACCUGAAGCAACCGAUCACAGCUUCCGUCGUCCGACACGUCCGCCGCCUCUAGAUACGUUAGCAACACAAGAUGCUAGUCUUCCGAGCCCUAGUUUAUCACCUAUCACUGCUGCAGCGAACGCGGCAUUGCAUGGAAACCAAACAGGAACUUCAUCAACCACUCUAGAUAACGACGACGAGAAUGAUGUUUCUAGCUUAGAUAUAUCUGACAUAUUUGAGGAGACUAUAGGCGACAAGAUUCAUCGUAGACAAGUCACCGAUGGAAUUCUUCCAGAUCACCUUGUUGACCCGAAUGGGCCGUCAUCGGACACGAAUCUUCAAGCCCCGACUCUCAUGGAUAUUCCCGCGAUGAUCGACUCAUUCGACGCGAUGCCAGAUGCGAUGAAAACGUACGUCAUGUUUCAACUUCUAAGACGCUGCUCGAAGCCUACUUUACACUUUAUCGCCGACACAGUCAACCCAGCUUUGAAGUGCGACUUUCUUGGCCUUCUUCCUACAGAAUUGAGCCAGCAUAUUGUAAGAUACCUGAACGUGAAAAGUAUGUGUCGAGCUUCGCAGGUAUCGAAGAAGUGGAGAAGCAUUAUCAAUCAAGAUGAGAAAGCUUGGAAGGAUCUACUCGAGGCCGAUGGUUUUGACCUUCCUGUAGACGAGAUUGGUCGCGCAGUCAGAGAAGGUUGGGGGUGGCAAUACCCACAUUCUGCUGAAAGCUAUGAACGCGAUUUACGGGAAUCGACUGUGCCGUUGGGAGACGGCUCUCCGGUUACUUCAUCACCGGGCUCGGCAGUUCUCGGAGAGGUUGAAGUCAUAGCUCUUUCCAGACCAAAGAGAAAGGCCACAGCAAAAUAUGGUACCAAAAAGCGAAGAAAAGUGCUUGUAGCGAACUCAAAGGGUAACGAGCUGUCCAAGCACCCGUCUUGGAUGAAAUCACUGGACAAGGCCCAAGGACCUAUGGCAUUUGCAGAUGCUGCACUGCUGGCCGUACCGAACCCAAAUGUUGGUCUUCCAAGCCUCCGCAACCUUCAUCUCUAUAAAUCGCUUUAUCAGCGUCACUACCUCAUGCGCAAGAGCUGGAUGAAGGAAGACACUCAGCCGCAUCACCUCACAUUCCGUGCUCAUGGGCGCCAUGUCGUUACUUGCCUCCAGUUUGACACCGACAAGAUUCUUACGGGCAGUGACGACACACACAUUAACGUAUACAACACAAAAACAGGAGAGCUAAAGGCUCGUUUGCACGGACAUGAAGGAGGUGUCUGGGCGCUUCAAUAUGAAGGCAAUAUUCUUGUGUCAGGUUCUACGGAUAGGUCAGUCCGUGUAUGGGAUAUCGAGAAAGCAAAGUGUCUACAGAUCUUCCAAGGUCAUACUUCUACCGUCCGAUGCCUCCAAAUUCUCAAACCUACUAAGAUUGGAGAGACUGCCAAUAAGGAACCUAUAAUGAUGCCGAAGGAGCCUCUGAUCAUUACUGGAUCGAGAGAUUCUACACUACGUAUCUGGAGGCUUCCUCAAGUUGGUGAUCAUCAAGUCCAUCAAGUUGCGCAGCAAGCAAAUGAUUAUGAGAAUCCGUACUUCAUCCGGCAACUUACCGGACAUCAUCACUCUGUACGUGCGAUCGCUGCCCACGCUGAUACACUCGUAAGUGGCAGCUACGAUGCAACAGUCCGCGUAUGGAAAAUAUCCACUGGCGAGGUUGUCUACCGCCUGUCUGGACAUGCGCAGAAAGUGUAUAGUGUUGUGCUCGAUCACAAAAGGAACCGGUGCAUAAGUGGCUCUAUGGACAAUCUUGUCAAGGUCUGGUCCCUGGACUCUGGCCAAUGCUUGUUCAAUCUUGAAGGCCACUCCUCGCUUGUGGGCCUCCUAGACCUCAGUCACGAUCGUCUUGUAUCUGCUGCUGCAGAUUCUACGCUUCGUAUCUGGGACCCCGAAAACGGCCAAUGCAAGUCAACCUUGAGUGCUCACACUGGUGCUAUCACAUGUUUCCAGCACGAUGACCAAAAGGUAAUCUCCGGGUCCGACAGAACUUUGAAGAUGUGGAACGUCAAGACUGGCGAAUGCGUCAAGGAUCUCUUGACAGACCUUAGUGGAGUCUGGCAGGUCAAAUUCAAUGAUCGUCGUUGCGUUGCAGCAGUGCAACGCAACACACAGACCUACAUUGAGGUCCUGGAUUUUGGCGCCUCUCGCGAUGGCAUACCACCCGAUCAACGGGGUCGACGCAUCGUCGUCGAUAGCAAAGGCCGAGAGAUCGAAGAUCUUGAGGAAUUCACGGACCCAUUAGAUCCUGCGCAACCAUGAGUAACACAUUAACAUCUACACAUUGCGACACCCCUUGCCACUUUUCACCACUGUAUACCCAUUUUGCAUCCACGGCUGACCCCCUGUCUGACCGCGCGGCGUUGCGUUGCUUCUUUUUUUUUGUGUUGUUUUCAAAGAGAUUUGAUGACGCAAAUUUUACUACCUGAUAUCAACACCAUCACCUGGUUGCAGUAUUUGUCGGCGCACUUGUAUUCAUGGGCCGGAGUACUUAUGGAAAUGGUCACGAUCAUAACGAAGCGAUGGCGUACAUCACUGGCGCUGGACAUGCCACAUGGUUAUAUGUCUUUUCGAACGUGCAAGGCACGUCUUUGUUCAUGGCAUACAAGGUACAUGUUUUAUGCAUCAUAUGUUUACUUCUAACCUCAUUGAAACGUGAAUAUUCAUUAAAAUGUAGACAUAUCUACAUAACUCCUCAUAUGCAAACAUUCGAU